AUGAAACAGAUGCCUGACAAUAUGGACUAUGAGGGAACAGCAAAGAUUCUCUCUCAAGAUCCAUCACCUCUGAACAGUGUCCUGUUGCAAGAGAUGCAGCGUUACAAUUUACUUCUGGAUCAGAUCCGAGAUUCUCUGCUUUCAUUAGAGCGAGGGAUUCAAGGCCUGACUGUCAUGACACUAGACCUGGAGAUUAUCUUUACAUGCAUUCUUGAUGGGCGGGUCCCACCGCUCUGGGGAAAGACAUACCCAUCAGCCAAACCUCUAGCAGCAUGGGCCAAGGAUCUGGUGAACAGAGUGGAUUUGUUUGACAAAUGGGCAGCAAGUGCUCGGCCACCGUGGGUCUUCUGGUUGUCUGCCUUCACAUUUCCAUCAGGAUUUCUUACAGCAGUUCUGCAAAUGGCGGCUCGCCAGCACCAGGUGUCAGUGGACUCCCUCACUUGGGAAUUUAUAGUGCAGGCUGUGGAUGAUAGUAAUCUGACAGGGCCUGCAAAGGAUGGUGUUUAUGUGAAGGGCUUUUUCCUGGAAGGUGCCGGAUGGGACAAGAAAAGUGCAGUACUAAUCGAGGCCAGUUCAGUUCAACUUGUGGUAGCUAUGCCAACAAUCCAGUUUAAACCUGUAGAGAGUAGGAAAAAAGGAACUCGAAGGAAGAAAGAGA